AUGAGCGCCGGCGUAGCAUACGUGGGACCGUCUGGCCAGACCGCAUUCGUCCUCUGUGCCGAUUGUGGCACCCCGAUUCAGCCCAACGGUGCCAACCUUUGUGUCAACUGCUUGCGCAACUCCGUCGACAUCACCGAGGGAAUCCCCAAGCAGACGACUCUCAGCUUCUGUCGUGGGUGCGACCGGUACCUCUCUCCGCCUAACCAGUGGACCCGCUGCGACCUCGAAUCCCGCGAACUCCUCGCCAUCUGCCUUCGCAAGCUCAAAGGUCUCUCGAAGGUCCGACUGAUCGAUGCCGGGUUCAUCUGGACGGAGCCGCACUCGCGAAGGGUCAAGGUCAAGUUGACGAUUCAGAAGGAGGUCUUCUCGUCUACGAUUCUCCAGCAGAUCUUCGAGGUGGAAUACGUGGUGCAGGGCGCGCAGUGCCAGGACUGUACGCGUCUCGCGGCGAAGAACACAUGGCGCGCGAUGGUGCAGGUUCGGCAAAAGGUGGACCACAAGCGGACGUUCCUCUACCUCGAGCAGUUGAUCCUGCGGCAUAACGCCGAUCGGGAUACUCUCCAGGUCGCGGAGGUCAAGGACGGAUUGAACUUCUUCUACGCUAGCAAGCAGCAUGCGCUGAAGAUGGUGGACUUCUUAAACGGUGUCGCUCCUGUCCGAACAAAGACGUCCGAACAGCUCAUCUCGCUCGACACCCAGAACGCGACGACGAACAAGAAGGAGACCUACUCGGUCGAGAUUGUCCCCAUUUGCAAGGACGACCUCGUCUGCAUGCCCGCCAAGACCGCUCGCUCGCUCUCCAACAUUGGCCAGCUCGCCGUCUGCCACCGCGUCGGCAACCAGGUCUACCUCAUCGACCCCCUCACCCUCCACCUCGCCGAUAUUUCCGCCGGGCAGUACUGGCGUGCUCCCUUCCCUCCCCUCGCCGACAUCACGCAAGCCGUCGAGUUCAUCGUUCUCGACAUCGAGCCUACUUCUCACCCUCCCAAGACGGCCAAGGGCGGUCGCUUCCUGCUCGCCGACGCGCAGGUCUCGCCUAUGGGCGGCACCAUGUCCUCGGACACCAUCUACCAUACGCGGACGCACCUCGGCUCUGUCCUGAAACCGGGCGACACGGUUCUCGGCUACAUGCUCUCGAACUCGAACUUCAACAACGACGCGUGGGAGACGAUGAACCAGGACCGGGUUCCUGAAGUCGUCCUCAUCCGCAAGACGUACCCGGCGCGCAAGAAGGCCAAGCGUGCACGCAACUGGAAGUUGCGGUCGAUGGUCAAGCAGGUUGGCGGCGAGGACUUGGGCGACACAGCGACGAUCGGGUUCGGGCGCGAGCGUGCGGAGCCCAAGUCGAAGCGAAGCGCCAUCGCCGACCAGGCCAAGGCCGAGCAGGACUACGAGCGCUUCUUGCAAGAUCUCGAGGACGACGACGAGAUGCGCAAGGAGAUCCACUUGUUCAAGGACCCGAACGCGGCGCAGGCCAAGGCGGACGCGAUGACCGACGACACCGAUGAGGAGGAGGAGGAGCUGCCGCAGAUCAACGUCGACGAGCUGCUCGACGACUUUGAGCAGAUGGCGAUUGAAGGCGACGAGGAGCAGGGAGGGGAGGAGUAG